AUGAACCCCCGCCGGCCAAAACAAGCCGGACGCCCCCUUCUGGACGCAAGUAGUGACGCCGCUCUCUCCGGCAAUCGUCGCGCCCAGAUCCGUCGCGCCCAGCGUACAUACCGACAGAAAAAAGAGGCCGUGUUCAAAGAUGCGACCGCCAGAGCCGACAGCCUCGAAGCGAGGAUGCGGUCCGUCGACCAAGCACUAUCGCAGCUAUCCGAAACCGCUGAAGAGGCGCAGCUGCAUCUCUCUCAUCCGGAUAUCCAUGCCCGGCUAGUGCAGCUUCGUGGACUAUUGGCCGAUGGUCAGGAGUCUGCCAGUGAUGAGAUGGGUUCUUCGUCUGAAGCACCCUCCCCCGAGCCAGCAAGUAUGCGAGGCCCAGUCCCAGGUUCCAACAUGCCAGGGCUACUUCAAUCUGCCAGUAAAUGCACCCCCAGGGCCCCCCUACAAGCAAGACAAUACACAUACGCAUUCCAGGAAUCCAGCUUCGCCCGCCAGCUACAGCGCUACUGUCUCGAGCACGCGUAUCGGCUCUUCGCGGACCCCUGCUCCCAUCCACACGAGGUCUACCGCGUGUUCCGCCUUGUCCCCUGCAUAAAAGAUCCCAGCGCAACCAGACCACGCCUGCGUCAGCUCUUGAUGGGUGGGCGGACAGAUGCUCUCGAGAUCGUUACCUUGCCGUUCUAUUGUGUCGGCGGGGCGGGGACGCAUUUCGUGCGUCGGGGAUCUGAUGGGGAUGGCACUCCGAUCUCCCGGCCCCCGGUGAAUAGUCGUCAGCCACGUCGGGUUUUGGGGAUUGCGGCUGGCUCAGAGCAAGAACGGCUGCAGGCACUCACAGCGUAUGGGCUUGGGGGGGAGUGGUUUGACUGUUGUGAUGUGGAGGGGUAUCUUAGACAGCUGGGGUUGGACGGGGAUCAUACUGCAGCUGGGGAGCUGGGGCUGUUUCCGGCGCUGCAUAUAGCCAGCGGGGCGAUGGGGCUGGAGGUGGAGGGUGAUGGUGGCCAGUCCUUUGUCCUGGAUGUUGAGCGGUUUUUCCUAAGUGGGUUUCCCUUGCUCCGCGGCUGUGCUUGCCGUAUGCUCAUGUGGAUUACUUAG